AUGACAAAAAAAGACGCUUCCAAUAACAAUUUGUAAGUUUUUUUGAUCAAUCAAACGCUCAAAGUUCAUGACUAUGAUUUUUUUAAAGGCAAUUUUUUGAGGGAAUUUUUUGAAAUUUGAAAAGCAAAAAUUAAAAAAAAAAAAAAAAAAGAAAAAAUUAUUAUUUUUUUCAUUCUUUUUUCCCCUAAUCUCCUCCAUUUCCAGCGCCCUCGACCUGUCGAACGACUCGCUGAAGAAGACGCCGGUCGACGAUGGAAUCGACUACGAACGCCAUCCCGAGGCCAAAGGCGAAGUCAUCAACGGCGAGUUCAUCAAGGACUCCGGCAUGAAUUGGGUCGUCGCCGCCCUCUUCUUGGUCGGCGACAUGGCCGGCGGCGGGAUUGUCGCCCUCCCGACGGCCGUUCAACAAUGCGGUUUUGUUGGGGGCAUCAUUUUGUGCAUCAUCAUGGCGCUCUGCGCAACAGUUUCGGCGGUUCUCUUGGGCAAAAGUUGGGAACAUCUGCCGGUCCGAUGGCCCGAAUAUCGAUUGCAUUGCCGGAAACCGUACGCGGAGAUCGGGUACAGAGCGUUGGGACAUCGAGUGAAGUGAGUUGGGAAAUUUUUCAAAAUUUUUAAAUUUUUGAAAAAAAAUAAAAAUUUUUUUUUUUUUUUUUUAUAUUAAUUUUUGAUAUAAAAAUUUUUUUUUGCUUUUUUUACUAUUUUGUCUUUGGAAUUUUCAUUUUUUUCAUUUUUUACUUUUGAUUUUUGGUCCCGACACGAAAACCAUCAAAAAUUUUUAACUGUAUUUUUUCACCAAGAUAUCGAUUUUUGGCUAUAAAACCGUAUUUUAGGCAAAAAAUUAAUUUCAAAACUUCCGUUUUUCCCCAAAAAAUCGAUUUUUUUCAGAACCUCCGUUUCGGUCUGCCUAAACAUCACCCAAUUCGGGAUCUGCGUGGUUUUCCUCCUCCUGGCCGCCAAGAACAUCCACGACUUCGUCUUCUCGUUCUGGAGCGGAGUGCCGGGCGUGUGUGUGAUCAUCCUGGUGCUCGGCAUUGCCCUGCUUCCCAUCAGUUUCCUCAAGUCGCCGGAGGAUUUCUGGUGGGCCAUUGUGGCGGGCAUGUUCUCCACCGCAAUUGCUGUUGCGCUGAUCAUUGUUGGAGCCAGCAGCGACUACGCGACUUGUAACCCGCAACGACAUGAGCCCACUUUCAAUAUUUUUAAUUUGUUUGUUGCAUUUGGUACCGUUGUUUUCACUUUUGGAGGGCAUUCUACGUUCCCCACCAUUCAACACGACAUGACGAGGCCGUCGCAGUUCACCAAGAGCUCAAUCACGGCGUUUAUUAGUAAGUUUAGGGGCUGCUUUUUAUUGAUGACAUUCAAAAUAAAAAAUUACAAAAAAAAAUUUUUAUUUUUUUUUUUUUUUUUUUUUUUGAAUUUUCAAGAUGAAAUUUUUUAUAAAAUUUUUUAUCGCUGAUUAUAAAUGAAAGCCUGAAAAUCUUAGCUCGCAAUUUUUGAUGAAAUCCGAGAUAUUCAAGGAUUUUUUUUGCGAGAGAGUACGCGAAAUGAGGAGAGCCGCCCAGACGAAAAUCUUUUUUUGCUUUAAUUUUUUUGUUUCUGCGCCGAAAAACGUGAUUUUUUGUGGAAUAUAACACACUCACUAAUACCUCAAAAAAAAUUUUUUUUUUUUUUUUUUUGGAUUUUUUUUUUCAUUUUUGCCUCAGUAAGCAUAAAAAUUCAAAAAACAAAAAGGCACUAAAAAACAAAAAUCAAAAACACCCUCUAAUCCGCGAAAAACAUGCUCAAUGUUCAAUUUGUUUAUUUUCCAGCUAUCUGCAUCUUCUACGCUCCCGUUGUGAUCGUCGCCUACCUGUCGUACGGCGAUUCCCUGCGCGAUUCCGUGAUCCCAUCCAUUCAGACGGAAUGGAUCCAACAAGCGGUAAAUAUGAUGAUUGCCGCGCAUUGCAUCCUCACCCUCACUUUGAUGAUCAACCCACUCAACCAGGAGACCGAGGAGUUCUUCAAUGUCCCCCAUCGUAAGAAUUUGAGAAAAAUUGAAAAAAAAUGCAAAAAAAUUGCAAAAAAAUUGCAAAAAAUCAAAAAAAUCCAAAAUUUUUUUGCUCAAAAAUCAUGAAAUUUUUAAAUUUUUUUACUAAAAAGUCAAAAUUUCAACAAAUAAAAAAGCUAAAAAAUCCCAAAAAUUGCGAAAAAAUCUAAAAAUCCAAAAAAUUUUUUGCUCAAAAAUCAUGAAAUUUUUUAAUUUUUUAACUAAAAAAUCAAAAUUUCAACAAAUAAAAAAGCUCAAAAAUCCCAAAAAUUGCGAAAAAUUCUAAAAAUCCAAAUCUUUUUUUCUCAAAAAUCAUGAAAUUUUUUAAUUUUUUAAUCGAAAAAUCAAAAAUUUCAACAAAUAAAAAAUUUCAAAAAUCCCAAAAAUUGCAAAAAAAUCAAAAAAAAUCCUAUUUCCCAAAUCUUUUUCAGACUUUGGAGUCAAGAGAAUCACCGUUCGUGCCGCAAUGAUGUGCGCGAUUGUGUUCAUGGCCGAGACUGUCCCCAACUUUGGCCCUGUUCUGAACUUGAUGGGAGCCUCAACAGUCACCCUGACCUGCGUCAUUUUCCCCAGCAUCUUCUACUUGUUCAUCAAGGCGAAUGAGAAGAAAUCGGCCGAAACCGGAAGAGAAGAGCUCUGCAGUUUUAGAGAGUGAGUUGAGGGAGAGGGAAUUUUUGAUUUUUUUGGAUUUUUCAAAUUGAAAAAUUUUUUAAAAAAUUUUCAAAAAAAAUAUUUUUUUUUUAUUUUAAAAUAAAAAAAAAUUUCAUGGCCAUAUUUUUUGUGAAUUUUUCGUGGAAAAAAUUCUAGAAAAUCGCAAAAAAAUCAAAAUUUUUUGAAAAUUUCCACUUAAAAAUCAUAAAUUUAAUUUUAUUUUUUUGCGGAUCAUGAGCCAAAACUCUUUAAAAAAUUAUCAAAUUUUUUUUUCCAAAUCAAAAAAAAAAUUUUUAUUUCUCCCCAUUUCCAGGAUGGUCGACCGCACCGACCGACGAGUCCUGGUCCUUUGCACCUGCAUUGUGAUUGUCGGAAUUCUGGGUGGAAUCGCAGCCACCGUCUCGGCUGUUCGUGAGAUCACCACCACCAGUUUCGAGGUCCCCUGUUACAUGCGAAAUCUGAUUGCGCAAGCUCAAAACGGCUCCUCCGAAACUUCGACCAAUUGCUGUGGAGCUUUCCAAAACAUUACAGUCAGUGGGAAAGCGCCUGCGGGCUACUGUAGUAAGCCCAAUUUGGAUUAUUAUGGGCAUUGGUACGAUGGGGAGCAGCAAAAAUGGUGGGAAUAG